CCCAGAAUCUCAAAUACUUUUUCUCCCCCUCAGUGACACUGCUUAAAAAUAACCUGAGCAAUGUUUCAACAACUGGAUGAAUUCAAUCACCCCACCAAAUGUUUCAGAUUUGUGUCUUGACAUCUUUGCAGUGGGCUAGACCAGUCAUGAAGGAAACAUUCAUCUUAAGUUGGGAGACAAUUUUAACAUUUGUCUGCAUGCCUGUUUAUCCUUUGUCGUAUUUCUUAUUGUUCUGGCACAUAUAAGGAAUGUCCAUUGAAGAGCAUGCUAGAUGGUAGUGAAAAGUCAUGAAAAAGGCAGAAUAACAUGAUGGUAAGUGUAUUUUAGCCAUUUUUCCUCAUAUCUCCAAUAAGCCUUGGGUUAAUUGAUUAUACAUUUAUUCUCACCCCAAAUCACCAAUGAAUUUCCAAAAACAAUUACUUAGAAGAAAAUUAAACUCUAUGGAGGGAUCGUAGACACAUGACAAAAUGCAAAUUUUUUUGAAACCAAAUGUCUAGAUGGAAAUUAAAGCCAGUAAUCCUGACUAUUUAUUUGCUCUGUAGUCCAAUAAAUAAUGCUCAAUACAGUAAAUUUAGCACAGCCCAGGAAUCAACCUUCAUAGUUUUAUGAUUUAUCGCCACUUUGCAUACAGCAUUGUUAUUCUUUAUUUUGGACACAGUCCCACUUUCUCAAAAAACAGAUUUAAGUAAUAGCUUUAAAUGGAAGUGUGGAUGCUUUGAUGAGCAUUUGAAAAGAUAUUCAUAAUUUACGUAAGAGGCCAAUGACAAGAUUAUACAAUCAUCAUCCACAGAAGACUAUUACAACAGAAAAGCUUGUUCCUAUCAAUGUAUUCCUUUCAAGAAGCUAUUGUGUAUUUUUUUUUGGCAGUACAACUUUACAGUCAUAAUUUAUUCUGUAACUAGUUUGUUUAGUAACAUUACCUGCAGUUCUUUAUAUUUAAUAAUAAAAAAGAAAACAAGAAAAAUAUAUUUUCUGAACUGUGCUUUGCCUACAUUGUUCUAAGCGGCUUUAAACUGAUUCAAUUCUCUGAAGGGUUCAGUAACUAAUUCAGAAUCGUUGUAGACAUCUAUGAUUAAUUUUGUUAAGUAUUUAAAACAUAAUUUUUCUCCAUUAUUUUAACUUUCCACAAGCAGUUUUAUGUUCUUCCGCAUAACCAUUUGUCUCUGUAACUGCAUGUAAUCCUGCAAAAAGUGAAUGCAGAAUGGAAGAACUGAAAAUAAAACAAUGAAAUUCUAACAGUUCACACAACUCAAAUCCAUUUGCAGGUCACAUCUAUUUAUGGGGAUACAGCAAGUACAUUUGUUUUAUCUUAAUUGGAAGCAUUAAUUUAAAUGUUUCAAAUUUAAUGCCAAAAUUGCAAAAAUUUUUCAUAGCUGUAUAUUCACAAUGAAUUCUACAAAUUUGCAUUUAGUUCACAUUAAUAUAAAAUACUCUUUUGGAUAAUCCCAUACCAUCAAAGUUGUUGCUUUCUUUUGACUUACUUAUAGAAUAGGCUAAGCACUUAGUGGAUAGCAUAUUUAGGCAAGCAAUCGCACCAUAGCUUAAGGAAGUAUGAAUAAGGAGGGAAUACCUCACUCACUUGCAGAUUUUCCCUUUUAGAUAUUGAGAGCGAUGGUUCCUCUGAGACAGGAAUGUGGUGCCAUGAAUGGCUCAGGAAGGGAAGGUGAAAGAGUAAGGGGAAUAAAUAGGCCAGAUGGGUGUUUCUGUGGCAUAGAUAUGACUCCAGGAUGGUAUAUUGCCUCCUGGGCGCCAGGGUCGAGGAUAUCACUGAAUGGUUGCAGAGUAUUCAGAAAGCUGAAGGUGAAGGUGAAGAACCUGAAGAUGUGGUCCGCAAUUGCAGAUGAGGGGAUGAAGUCCUAAAAGCCGAUUUUAGUGAGCAAGGAGAUUUAAAAGUAGGACCACAGUGGUAGCAAUCUCAGAAUUACUCCCAGUGCCAUGUUCGAACAACCUGGAAGUAGGAGGAUAUAGAAAAUGAAUAUACAGCAUAGCUGCAGAGACAAUAUAGGAGGGAGCCAGUAUAGGCUGGUUAGCCUGACUUCAGUUGUUGGCAAGAUUUUAGAGUCCAUUAUUGAGGUUUUGGGGUACUUGAAGCUCAUGAUAAAAUAGGCCGAAGUCAGCAUGGUUUCCUUAAGGGGAGAUCUUGCCUGAUAAAUCUGUUGGAAUUCUUUGAGGAAGUAUCAGGCAGGAUAGACAGAGAGUCAGUGGAUGUUGUUUACUUGGAUUUUCAGAAGGCUUUUAACAAUGUGCUGCUAAACAAGAUAGGAGCCUAUGGUAUUACAGGAAAGGUACUAGCAUGGAUAGAGAAUUGGCUAACUGGCAGAAGGCAAAGAGUGGGAAUAAAGGGGGCCUUUUCUGGUUGGCUGCAGUGACUAGUGAUGUUCCGCAGGGGUUGAUGUUGGGUCCGCUACUUUUCAUGUUACAUGUUAAUGAUCUGGAUGACAGAAUUGAGGGCUUUGUGGCCAAGUUUGCGGAUGAUACAAAGAUAGAUGGAGGGGCAGGUAGUGUUGAGGAAGCAGGGAGUCUGCAGAAGGACUUGGACAGGUUGGGAGAAUGGGCAAACAAGUGGCAGAUUCUGAGUCUGUGCCCUCUGGUCCUAGACUCUCUCACUACUGGAAACAUCCACUCCAGGUCCACUCUGUCCAGGCCUUUCAAUAUUCGGUCAUGCACUUUGGUAGAAGGAAUAAAGGCGUAGACUAUUUUCUAAAUGGUGAGAAUUCAGAAAUCAGAAGUGCAAAGGGACUUGGGAGUCCUAGUGCAAGAUUCUCUACAUGUUAACUUGCAGGUUGAGUGUGUAGUAAGGAAGGCAAAUGCAAUGUUAGCAUUCAUUUCGAGAGGACUAGAAUAUAAAAGCAAGGAUGUAAUACUGAUGCUUUAUAAGGCCUUAGUCAGACCACAUUUGGAGUAUUGUGAGCAGUUUUGGGCCCCAUAUCUAAGGAAGGAUGUGCUGGCAUUGGAGAGGGUCCAGAGGAGGUUUACAAGAAAGAUCUCAGGAAUGAAAGGGUUAACGUAUGAGGAGCAUUUGAUGGCUCACUCGCUGGAGUUUAAAAGGAUGAGGGGGGAUCUCCUUGAAACCUACCGAUUGUUGAAAGGCCUGGAUAGAGUGGACAUGGAGUGCAUGUUCCCAGUAGUGGGAGAGUCUAGGACCAGAGGGCACAGACUCAGGAUAGAACGAUGUCCCUUUAGAACUGAGAUGAGGAGUAAUUUCUUUAGCCAGAGGGUAGUGAAUCUGUGGAGUUCAUUGCCAUAGACGGCUAUGGAGGCCAAGUCAUUGGGUAUAUUUAAAGCAGAGAUUGAUAGGUUCUUGAUUAGUAAGGGUGCCAAAGGUUAUGGGGAGAAGGUAGGAGAAUGAGGUUGAGAGGGAAAAAUAAAUCAGCCAUUAUUGAAUGCAGAGCAUACUCAAUGGGCCGAAUGGCCUAAUUCUGCUCCUAUGUCUUAUGGAGCACUCCAGAUUUCUGAGACUUCAGGAUUGUUUCUGUGGCAGGUGGGGCCUAUAUAAGUUGGGUGAGUUAUCUUUGCUGGGGCUUUGGUUGCAUUUUUGGGGAGGGUAUAAACUGGCUUGGCAGGCAAUGAGGACUGGGAGUUGGGUCAGGAGCAAAAGAAACAAAGCUGGAAGUGAAUGUUAGAAAUGCGGUGAGCAAAUAUGCAGUGGAAAGAAAAGCAAGCUGCAGAGAUGGAAUGUGUAUGGAAAAAUGACAAAAGGCUAAAUUUAAAGGCACUAUAUUCAAAAACACAUUGUAUCUGCAAUAAGAUGGAUGAAUUAAUGACACAAAGAGCUGUAAUUGGGUGUGAUCUAAUUGCCAUUACAGAAAGAUGGUAGAGAGUGAUUAAAGUUGGGAACUAAAUAUUCCAAGGUAUUUAUCAUUUGGAAGGACAGACAGAAAGAAAAAGGAGGUGGAAAGGAUCUUGGAUUAGCAGAUCAUGCUAUAGAAUUAGAAUCAAGUUCGGUAGAGCUAAGCAGCAGCCUGAGGCAGAAAACAUUUGUGCGAGUUGUUUAUAUGCCUCCAAAUGGUAGUUGUGAUGCAGCAUGCAGAAGAAAUAAGGAAAUUAAUCUGAUAUAGACUGGUCAAAUCAAAUUAAUAGUAACAAUGUAAGGGUAAAUUCCUGAAACGUAUACAAGAUGGAAUUCUAUAUCAGCUUGUUGACAAACCAACUAGGGAACGGGUUAUUUUAGAUCCAGUUCUGUGCAACAAGAAAGGGUUACUUCAUAAACUACUUACAAAGAGAGCCCUAACAAGAACUGACCAUAAUAUGAUAGCAUUUUACAUUAAGUUCAAAAGAGAUGUCAUUCAAUUCGAAACCAGGGUUUUCAAUCUAACCAAAGGAAACUCUGAAGUAUGAGAAACUACAUUAAGCAAUGUGACAGUGGACAGGCCUGCAUUUAUAAUAUUAUAAUGCAUGACUUGCAAUUAUAACCUCCAGUUAUAAUGCAAAAUUUGCAACAAAUAUACAUUCCUUUAAGGCAUGAAAACAGGAAUAGUGAGCCAACAAUGGAAUAAGAGAUAAAUUAAAGACAAUCUUAAAUCUAAGGAAUGGUUUACAAACUUGUCAGAAAAAGAAGCAAGCAUGAGGAUUAGGAGUGUUUUAGAAUUCAGCAAGAAUGAUGAAGUAAAAGAAAUUGAAAGUAAAAUUAAACUAGCGAGAACUAUAAAGGCAGACUAUCAGUGAAAAAAAACUAAUGAGGGCAAAUAUGGGUCCCUUACAGAGAUGAGUGAAUUUAUGAUGUGUAAUAAUGAAAUGGCAGAAGAAUUAAACACAUAUAUUGUGUAUAUAUUCAUGACAGAAACAAUAAAUCUCCCAGAAAUAUGGCAGAACCAAGGAUCCAGUGUAAAUGAGAAAAUAGACUAAUAUUAGUCAAGAAGUAUUACAGGAGAAGUUAAUGAGGCUGAAAACUGAUAAAUCCAAAGGACCUGAUGAUGUAUAUCUUAAAGAAUUGAAAAGGGUAGCUAUAGAGACAAUGGAUGGUCUUCCAAAAUUUAUAGAUUCUGGAAUGGUGCCAGUAGGUUGGAGGAAAGCAAAUGUGAGCCUACUAUUUAUGGAAGGAUGGAGGGAGAAAACAGAAUUAUUGACCUGUAAGCUUAACAUUUGUAGUUGAGAAAAUGCUAGAAUCUAUAAUAAAAGAUAUGAAAUCAAGAUACUUAGGUUGAACUGGGUCAACUUGGAUUUAUGAAAGGGAAAUCAUGUUUGACUUAUCUAUUGGAGUUCUUCAAGGUGUAGAUGAAUGGGAACCAAUGGAUGUGGCAUUUUUGGACUUUCAGAAAAAUAAGUGUGUCCUUCUCAGGUUGAUAGGCUGUAUCUGGUGAGUUACUGCAGGGUUUGAUGCUUGGGUCCCAACUAUUCACAACCUUUUUCAAUGAUUUGGCAGAGAGGACAAAAAUGUAAUAUUUCGGAGUUUGCUGAUGGCACAAAAGUGGAAUGAAUAAUGAGAAGGAUGCAAAAAUAUAGACAAGCUGAGUGAAUAAGCAGCAACAUGGUAGGUGUAGUGGAAGUUGUGUGGUGAAACAUUUUGAUGGGAAAAACAGAAAUUCUGACUUUUUUAAAUGGUGAAGAAAUGGGAAAUGCUAAUGUUCAAAAAGGCCUGAGUGUCUAAGUACACAAGUCACUGUAGGCUAGCUAGCAGGAACAGCAGGCAAGUAGGAAGGCAAAAAAUGGAAGAAUAAAGAUGCCUCAUCACAAUUUUAUAGAGUAUUGCUGAAACCACAUUGAGUAUUGAGUACAAUUUUUCUCACCUUACCUAAAAAGGGAUAUACUUGCAAAAAAAAAAGGGAGUGCAGUGAAGAUUCACAGAACUGGUUCCUGUGAUGGGACGUCUGUCGUAUGACGAGUGAUUAAACAGGCUCGGGUAAUUACUGAAGUGGCGAGCAGGGAAUGGGCCCCACGUACAGCAACCCCGAGAGUACAUCACACCUGAUGACCAAGUUCUUCCCAGUUACUAACAGAGAGCGCCGCUUCCACAGAACCAAUUUUUGUUUGACUUUCCCAAUCCGCUCCAGCCAAUUCUUGUUACACGCCACAGCCCCUCCAAACCAGAUCCCCAGCACCUUCAGGUAGUCAGACCUGACAGUGAAGGGGACAUUGGAUUGGGCAGGCCUGUUGCAAAAGAGCAUGGCCUCACUCUUCCUGCUGUUGACUUUGGCCCCUGAUGCCAACUCAAACUGGUUGCAGAUGCUGAUCAAUCUGCAAACUGACCGUGGAUCCAAGCAGAAGAUGGUAACAUCGUCCACGUGCAGGGAGGUUUGGAACUGGGUGCCUCCACUGCCUGGCAACAUCACCCCUCUUCUGCUCUCGUCCUUCCUGAUGGAUUCAGCAAAGGGUUCUAAUGCAACACAUAAACAAGAGAGGUGAGAGAGGACAACCCUGCCUGACUCCAGACUUGAUGGGGAAGUUAUUUGUCUCGCACCCAUUGAUUUAGACUGCACUACGGAUAUCAGUGUAGAGCAAUUGGAUCCAAUUUCUGAUUUUCUCCCUAAAACCCAUUUUGGAAAGCACGUUCAUCAUGUACGUGUGUGAUAUCCUGUUGAAGGCCUUCUCCUGGUCCAAGCUGACAGGCAGGCAUCCAACCAUCUGUCCUGCACAUAGGCGAUGGUAUUUCUGACAGUGCAAGGCUGUCAAAGAUUUUCCUGCCAGGUAUAGCACAGGUUUGGUCUGGGUCCAAGAUGGAGCAAGUUAACAGGUAACGAUGCACAAGUCCCCAGAGAAUGGGAACAAAAGUGUACCCAAUGUUGCCUCAUCCUGAUGACCACCUUCAUGUGUGGCUGCAUCAGGCUGUGUGUGGAACCAAAGUAUGUGGGCACUAGGUGUCACUAUGUGCUGAGGUUCUACCUGUCCCUGGUGUCGCGGAGGAUAGGUCUGGCCCCGUUGAUGCGUAACAUCCCAGUCAGCUGAAUGUUGCCGCACUACCUGUUCUUUGUGGAAGAGUUCCUCCAAGCAAACACCUUUGACCACAAGUCUAUCAGGCAGCGGUCAGCAUGGAACGUCCUGCAGACACUGUGGGACAGGGACUCUACGGAGACUCUGGGGUGUCCAAAUCAUCUGGCAGAAUGCUUCAUUGCCAGAACUCACCAACAAGCACCAAGACCUCGCUUGAAGACACAAGAGAGACUGCAGAUGCUGGAAAUCUGGAGCAACACACACAUAAUGAUCGAGGAACUCAGCAGGUCAGGCAGCAUCUUAUCUUAGCAUCUAUGGAAGGAAAUGAACAGUCGACAUUUCAGGCUGAGACCCUAGUCCUGAUCCCAAUGCAAAGGCUCUGUGGGGAAGGAUCACAGUCUUGGCUCCUUCUGCUACUGCACGUGGAAGGGCUGAGUUGGGUGGGGAAGCUUGCCAAACAAUGAAAGGGUGUAUCAGGCCUGGGGGCCACGAAUGGUGAUAGUGCCAUGGUUUUUAAAACAAAAUAAGUUAACACUACUGAAUGUAAUGACCAUGAAUGUAAAAGUUUUGCACUGUUUCUUCUUUUGAAUAUAUAUAUAUUAUUUUUAUCAUGAAUAAAAUUUAUUUUUGAAGCAUAACAAAAGAGUGAUUGAAGAGGCUAGGCUUCUACUCUCUAGAGUUUAAAAGAAUGAGAGAUGACACGUUGCUGGGCUGAUCUAAAUGCACCUCAACUCGUGAUCUUUUGAAAAUGUAUCUAUCUCCAUCUUAAAUACUUAUAAUGAUCUAGCUUGUGUAACCCUCUGGAGUAGAGAAUUCCAGAGAUUAAGCCUCUGCAAAAAGAAAUUUCCAUGCACCUUUGUUUUCAAUAAACGGUCCCUUAUCUAUGUCCCGUGUUCAGACUUUCUCACCGGUGGAAACGUCUCAACAUCAUGUCCCUCAGGAUCCUAUGUCUCAAUGAGGUCACCCUUCAUUCUUCUGAACUCCAAAAGACCUUGUCUCCACAGCCGUUCUUGUUGCACAGUCGAAGGGCUAGUCUGCUAACCGCCGGGUGAUGCUGAUGAAGUCAGCGGCGUCUACCUGUUCCGGGAAGCUCAGGCCGCGCCGCCCUUCCACCAGGGAUACGCGUCGCCAGCUGCGGCUCCCCUUUUAUCGCACAGUUUAUCCGCCGUCGAGGCGGUCGCUGAGUUUGUUUCUCUGGUCCGGGCGCGCUGAGGGGAAAGUGCGGCCGAGAGGAGGUCGAGCCCCAUGCCCGCUCUGUUGGGCGGCGCCCUCCGCUCACUGCAGCGCCCGAGCUUGGCGGGGUUGCGUUUGGCGUGUUCCUUGGCGCCAGGUCCGGGCAUGCAGACGGCCGUGGUCCGCUGCGUCCCCGGCGAGGCUAAAAUGACCAUCUCGUUCGAGCUGGACGGCGGGCACCGGCGACUGGAGCGGGAGCAGAGCGAGUGCCUGCGGGCCGCGCUGGCUCGCAUCGCGAACAACGUGCUCAAGGCGCAGACUAGGCCCAAGAAAGGCCGGAAGGCGGCGGCGGCGGCGCAGGCCCAAGCUCAGGCCACGGCCCCAGACGUGAGCCUGCACCUGGGAGAGGAGGCCGUGCCCGGCGACACGAGAAACGCCGAGGCCUGGCAGGACGGCGCGGUGCUGCAGGUGGGGGAAGGGCGCUACCAGGUGCAGCGGAACCCGCCCACCGUGACUCGCCUGGAGUUGCCCGCUUCCAUCCUGGCCGGCUUCCCGGUAUGCCCGCAGGUACAGAUCGAGUUCGGCCAGCCGGCCGAGUCGCGCUUCGAGUGGCUGAGGGAGGCCGUGGGGACCGGGACCUGUACCUGGGAGCCGGCGGCGAGCGGCAGGGUCUUCACCCCGGGUAACAGCCUCAUUGGCUCCAAGCUGAAGCUGCGGUGCAGCCCGGGCGACGGCAGCAGGUUUGGGCCGGCGGCCGAGCUGCAGAGCGCGGGGGUCGUGGAGGCCGGCCCGGGAGUCUGCACCUUCGACAGCCGCCAUUUGUUCACCCAGGAAGCGGCGGCCGAAGCUCUCCUCCGGGUGGUUUCCUACAACAUCCUGGCUGAUGUGUACGCGCAGACAGAGCUGUCGAAGACCAGUCUGUACCCUUACUGCGCGCAAUACGCUCUCCACGCCGACUACAGGCAGAACCUGAUCAAGAAGGAGCUCAGCGGUUACCACGCUGACAUCCUCUGCCUGCAAGAGGUGGAUAAAUCCGUCUUCACCGACAGCCUGUCCCCUGCCAUGGACGCUUUCGGUUAUCACGGAUUGUUUCGCAUCAAGGAGAAGCAGCACGAAGGUCUCGCCACCUUCUUCAGAGCCUCCAAGUACCGGCUACUAAGUCAACAUGAUGUGACCUUUAGUGAGGCUCUGGCUUCGGAUCCCUUGCACACCGACCUUCUGCAGAAAGUUUCUGCAAAUCCAAACGUGAAAGAGAAGGUGCUGCAAAGAUCAACCGCCUUACAGGUAUGUGUACUUCAGUCUCUUGAAGAUUCAUCAAGGAAGGUGUGUAUUGGUAAUACUCAUCUUUACUGGCACCCAAAAGGAGGGCAUAUCCGUCUUAUUCAGAUAGCAAUCGCAUUUCGUCAUCUCCACCAGAUUAUUUCAGAAAUGUAUCCUAACACACCAAUAAUCUUUUGUGGUGACUUUAAUAGUACCCCAACUUCAGGCUUGUAUGACUUUGUUACCAGAGGAAGCAUUUCUACAGAUCACCAAGACUGGUCUUCAAAUGGUGAAGAAGAACAAUGUCGAAUGUCUCUUACUCACUCAUUUAAACUGAUAAGUGCCUGUGGAGAACCUACUUACACAAAUUAUGUAGGAGGCUUCCAAGGUUGUUUGGACUACAUUUUCAUGGAUGUGAAUAUGUUUGAGGUUGCUCAGGUUAUUCCUUUUCCAACUCAUGAGGAAAUCACCUGCCAUUUGGCCCUGCCAAGUGUUUCACAUCCAUCAGAUCAUAUUGCACUUGUCUGUGAUCUGCAGUGGAAAUGAACAAAGCCCUCUGGUCAGCUACUUUGAUUACUAAUGGAAAUAGUACUGUGUGACUUUACAAAUGUUAUAACUUCUCAAAGUAAACAAGUGUAGAAUAUGGGAUUUUGUUUUUUAACAAGACAAUGCAGUCAAUGGAAUAGAUCAGAAUAUAUGUAAAAUAAUAUGUAAAAAGUAAAACUGGAACAUAAGUGAUGCACCUGGCAGUGUUUGCAAUGUCUGCAAAGGCUCACAUUUUAACAGAAGCAAUGUGUUAUGUGCAUUAAAUUAUGGAAAGAAGCUAUUUGUAGGUAAAAUUGAAGCAAAUUAAAAUCUUAAGCAUUUUUAAUGACCAAAUGAUCCAACUGUAUCAUCUGGCUUUGUUUUCCAGAAAAUGUAUGGAAUUUCCAUCUAAAUAAAUAUUGAAUUGUGCAAAAUUGUGAAGAGAAAGUAUUUCCAGUGUCCUGGUUAACAUUUAUCUUUUAACCAAUAUCAAAACAGGUUAUUUUAAAUGGUACCUCAGUGCUAUUUGUGCAGUUUUGCUGUAUGCAAAUUGAUUGCUGCUGUAACUAUCUGUAACAUCUGAUAAUACUUUAAAGGUAUUUACUUGGCCAUGAAAGAUUUAUGACAUCCAGAGGUUAUAAGAGGUGCUGUAUUAGUAUAAUCAGUUUUGAGAAAUAGGAAGUAAUGAAAACUAUUGGAAAUCCUGAACAGGUCUACAGAUGUUGCUGUACUUUAGUGAUGUCUUUUGCAUUUGAUCCUUUCUAGAAUGACACUCAUGGAGUUACUGGGU